AGAGCCCGCCCGAGGGCGCAGCUGGCCGCACCGGGCAGGCAGCGGGGGGCGGGCGGGACGCGCGGAGGCGGGGCGGAGGCUCCCGCCGCCGCCUCCGCCUACUCCUCCUCCUCCCCCUGCUCCUCGCCCGCCGCCUCCUCGCCCUCUGCUCGCAGCCACCGCCUCCGCUGGGGUGAGGAGCCGGGAGUCCGCGGCGCCGGCUUGGGGCUGUGGGAUGGGGAGUUAGCGCCACGGCGGCGGCAGUGGCCGCGGCGCAACCGGCCGCCGCCCCCGGGCUCGUCCCGCCGGGGACGCCGGGCGCGGCCAGCCCGCCCCAGAGCCAGGCCCGCGGGCGGCGGCGGCAGCGGCGGCGGAGCUGGGCAGGUGGAUGCGGCUGGAAGAUGGCGCCCUCGGGCCCGGGCAGUGUCAGGCGGCGGUGCCGGCGGGUGCUAUACUGGAUCCCGGUGGUGUUCAUCAGUCUUCUGCUCGGCUGGUCCUACUACGCCUACGCCAUACAGCUGUGCAUAGUGUCCAUGGAAAACCUUGGAGAACAAGUUGUGUGCCUGAUUGCUUAUCAUCUACUUUUUGCAAUGUUUGUCUGGUCGUAUUGGAAAACUAUCUUUACGUUACCAAUGAAUCCUUCAAAAGAAUUCCACCUCUCUUAUGCAGAGAAAGAAUUGCUGGAGAGAGAGCCAAGAGGAGAAGCCCAUCAGGAAGUUCUUAGGCGAGCAGCCAAAGACCUUCCCAUCUACACCAGGACCAUGUCUGGAGCAAUCCGCUAUUGUGACAGAUGCCAACUUAUCAAACCAGACCGCUGCCAUCACUGUUCCGUCUGUGAUAAAUGUAUUUUGAAGAUGGAUCAUCAUUGCCCAUGGGUGAACAAUUGUGUUGGAUUUUCAAAUUACAAAUUUUUCCUCCUUUUCUUGGCUUAUUCUCUGCUCUACUGCCUUUUUAUUGCUGCUACAGAUUUACAGUAUUUUAUCAAAUUUUGGACCAAUGGCCUACCUGAUACUCAAGCCAAGUUCCAUAUUAUGUUUUUAUUCUUUGCUGCAGCUAUGUUUUCUGUCAGCUUGUCUUCUCUGUUUGGCUAUCAUUGUUGGCUAGUCAGCAAAAAUAAAUCUACAUUAGAGGCAUUUAGAAGUCCAGUAUUUCGACAUGGAACAGAUAAGAAUGGAUUCAGCUUGGGUUUCAGUAAAAAUAUGCGACAGGUUUUUGGUGAUGAGAAGAAGUACUGGUUGCUACCCAUUUUUUCAAGUCUAGGUGAUGGCUGCUCCUUUCCAACCUGCCUUGUUAACCAGGAUCCUGAACAACCAUCUACUCCUGCAGGAUUGAAUUCAUCAUCUAAAAACCCUGAAAACCAUCAAUUUCCGGCAAAGCCAUUGAGAGAGUCCCAGAGCCACCUUCUUACUGAUUCUCAGUCUUGGACAGAGAGCAGCACACACCCGGGAAAAGGCAAAUCUGGUAUGAGCAAUCCUGCACUGACCAUGGAGAAUGAGACUUAACUCUUCUAACAAAAUUCAUUCAUACUUUAUGAAAGUACCAAUGCUAUUGCUGGAUGGAAGCGUCUUCCCACAGGAAGGCACCAUUAGCCAACCGUUCCCAUUCCCUCUGGCUGGAUACGCAUAAUACAAACUGACUAGUUCUCUCCAAGCUGUUGCUUAAAGCGUAACACUUUUUUGAUCCAGUAUACAGACUCUUUCAACUAACAAAAAUUCCUGUUAAGUAUUAAAAGUAGUUGUGAUUCAUGAAUCAAGGACAAACAUACCUUCUAUUGUAAAAACUUGGAAUAAAUUCAUGGGCCAGUUUUCACCCAGAUAUUUGGGUAGCACAAUUUAUCACAUAAAAAGUCCACUGAUCCUUUGAUUUUCUGAUUCAGAAAACUGAGACUAUUACGAUACUGAGAUGUGAAAGAUUUCAAGUGACAUUAUAAUGGUAAGCUUUGUUCAUAAAACCUACUAGUUGCCUAUGAGGAGGUGUGAGUGGUGAAUGAGAAUUGUUUACUCCCUCUGAUGCGAAUCCAGCCCCAGCCUGCAUAAACUCGAACAACUACGAAUUCACUACAGAUGUCAAGUGGCCUGCAGUUGAAGAUGACCAUCCACUUUUUGCCAAUCUUUAGUCAAAUUCUGAAAAAGAAGUAUGAUCAUUGAAGCCUGAGCUCAACGUGCUAGAAAAUCUUUUGUCAGAACUAAUACAUUUCUACUACAUCAUAAAUAUAUUUUUCAUGUUUUGAAUUACCUAAAAAUUGGGGGAAGGUCCAUAAUAAUUAUGAAGAUUGGUUUAUGAUAUUCUUUUGCUGGUUUGGCUUUUAAGUGUCUUUUUGGAUUAUUUCUCCUAUUGAACAUGGCAAAAAUACUAGAUUUCUGUUAAGAUUUCAUGGUGGGCCAAUAGCUUAAUCUUUCAUUAAUAAUCUGUAUUAUUUCUGUGUCCUCUCAUCAAAGUGUGGUAAUUAACUGUAUGAGGAUAUAUGUCCUCAAAUACCUGUUAAGAUUAAAUUAUGCAAAUCAUCAAAAAAUUAUAUACUUUUGGAAAUUUAGUUCAACACGAACUAAAUGGUGUGCUGUUUGGAAACUCAGUUUAAGACAAACUAAAGUGGUAUGUUUGUUGAUGCCAAAAUGUUCAGCUUCAGUAAAUGUACUAAGAAGCUCUUGUGCCUUGUAUGCACUGUUAAAAAAAAAUGGUUUAUUUUUUUCUUUUUUAAUUUGACAGAGUGCAAGUUUUGUAAAUGUUAGUGGUUAGAAUAUGACAUAUACAUUUUUUGGUAUUGAUUUUGAGAAUUUAAAGCAGAUUACCUUUUAAGACUACAAAGCUAAAGAACUGGUAUUUAAUCAAAGAGAAAAUGGUGUUAAGUUUUCAAAAUGUGAAUUAGACAAAUUAAACACAAAAGACUAGAAGACCAGAGGAUAAUGGAGUAAAAGACCCUUGCACUUACUCAUCCUUGCUAGAAAUAUGAAAUUUUAUAUUAAAUGACUUUAUGAAAGAACUAAUGUCAGCCCGGUCCAUUUUAUAAGUCAUUUGAGAAUAAUUCUUUGAACAAUAGGAUGGCAGUCUUUUUCAGAUUUUCUUAAAAAGCUUGAAGAUUUUGAUCUGACAAUCUACUUCAAGAAAUCUCAGAAGAUAAUGAUACAUUUUUACUUUUAACUUAAAGCAUUGUUUGGUCAUCAUCUUUCAUUACCUGAAGUGCCAGGUUGGAACCUAUAGCUACUGCUCAAAGUCUUAAGGGCAACAGCAUCACAUGAUGCAUUAAGAAUUAUAUGCAGCCAGGUUUUUUGUUUUUUGUUUUUUUUUCAAAGCACAGUGCUAGAGCUGUUUUUAGACAGGAUUCUGUUAGGUAUUCCCUCCUAACAAACUAGAAGCUAGGGGGAAAGGUGGGAUUUUUAUUCUUUACCUUGCUAGAAUACUGUUACCCCACCCCCACCCCUACCUGUUAGCUCUCUUCAUGUACUUAUUGAAAUACAUAAAUCAAUACACAUUAGGAACAGAUUUAAAAACAUUUUUUAAAAUAAAGUUUUUUCCAUUAAGUUG